AUGAACAACGAACAGUUUCGUCGGCUACUGGCUGACAACUCAUCGUCAGCCAAGUCAAAUAAUAAACCCUCACCCUCACCCCGAAAUGCUAGCUCCGGGAAUGCAACCCCGGCCAGCGGGCUACUCGGCUCCCGAAUGCGCUCCAGCAUCCCCAUGACCCCUCGAGCUGUCUCAGGCGUUGAUUUCGCCCGUCAACUCGCAGAACAGCGCCGCGAGGGUGGUGACCGACCCACCAAACGAUUCAAAUCCUCCGCCGCGCCAAAAGGCUCUAAGUUACCGUCCGGAUACCAAGAUCGUGCCCAUCUACGAAAUGAAACAUCGGAACAAGAUGAGGAUGACCUCUCCAAGCGGAUCAAGGCCCUAGAAGAUAUGGUGAAACUAGGCCAGAUCGACCAGGCGACAUUCGAGAAUCUGCGCACGGAACUCGGUGUCGGAGGCAAUACUAGCAGCACGCAUAUGAUUAAAGGUCUAGACUGGGAGCUUCUGCGCCGAGCGAGAGCAGGCGAGGAUAUUGAGGCGCAACCUGAGAAACCUGAACCUGCACCUUCCGAUGAGCCGGUCACUGCCGAAGAUGCAGAAGCGGAAUUUGAACGAUUAAUGGAGGAGAAAGGCACUGAGGAGAUCCAGGCUGCACCGAAGGAACAGAAAGAGAAGAAGAAGGGAAAUAUGGCGCCUCCACCGGCGAGCAAGAAGACUCGAGAUGAGAUUCUGCAAGAGUUGAAGGCUAAACGGGCUGCUGCUAGUGCGCCUGCUCCACCACCGGAAUCGAUCUUGGGUGCUAAGUUCAAGAAGCUUGGAGAUGGAAGGCCGGAGAAGAAGCGGUUUGUUGAGACAGAUAAGAAUGGCAGGAGGAGAGAGGUCCUCCUUAUUACCGAUGCGGAGGGUAAUACCAAGCGGAAGACGCGGUGGCUCGAUAAACCUGGUGAAUAUGUCAAACCCGUCGCUGCUAUGCCCAUGCCAGAGAAGGAUGCCAAACCUCUUGGGAUGGAAGUACCAGCAGAGAUUGCCGCCAAGAUUGCAGCUAGUGCUGCGAAGGAAGAAGAAGAAGAUGAUGAUAUCUUUGCGGGUGUUGGCGCAGACUAUGAUCCUCUGGCUGGUAUCGAGGAUGAAGAGGACUCUUCUUCCGACGAGGAAGGAGAAGCUGCGGAUUCUGCUAAGACUAUACGGAAAGAAGCGGAUGCUCCUGCCCAAGAAAAGGACCAAGGCUUGCCAGGCGCUACAGCUCCUGCCUCGAAGCCGCGCAACUACUUUGCUACCAGCUCCUCUGCUGCUACUGCUGAGCCGGAACCAGAGGACCGAUCCAACCCUCUCACCAAGGAUCCCACUAUUCUCGCCGCACUCAAGCGAGCGGCCGCUCUUCGGCAGGCCUCGCCGUCCGCUGAAAAUGAGGCUGAGUCAACAGAGUCCUCAUUGCGACAGAAGCGCUUUCUCGAGGAAGCUCGACGACGUGAUGCCAUGGACGAUGCGGAUAUGGACUUCGGAUUCGGGGGCAGCCGGAACGAAGACGGUGAUGAGGAGGAUGAUACUGUGCUUCUGGACUUCGAAGAUCAUGGUGGCAAGAAGCGCAAGCGUGGACCUAAGAAGAGGAAGGGAGAUAAGGAUAGCGCAGAAGAUGUGAUGCGCGUGCUGGAAGGACGACAGAAAGACUCGGCAUAG